UGUGCCAUGUUUGCACUGCUCAUUGAUGAGUUUUCUAGUUUUCUCCUGCUUGACACCGUGGCCGGGUAUCCACAGGCUACGUGAGAUAUUCUGUUUUCAAAGAAGAACGACUUAUAGGAGGGACUUCCAAAAUAACUGAGGGGGAGAACCAUGCCACGGAGUACUGUAGUAAAUUGGUGAACGCAUGCUCAAUGCGUCUGUGCUCCCCUGACCCGAAAUCUUGAGUGUGUGCAUUUUCGCACGUAUCGCUUCUGGGACUCCGCCGCCAGAUGGCGACCAUGGGGGUUUCGGCGUGGACGACCCAAAAACUACAAAGGAGUUCGCAAAUCAGUUCAGUUUAGUUCUUCUAAUCAGGGAGGUCGAGAACAGGAACAUCGAUUGUCAAAGUUGUCCCCUGCAUUCGUGUAUGAACUUUUACAAAGACUGAGAUCCCGUACUUGUAAGGCUCAGGAUGCAGGGCUGCUCUGUGUGCUGUUUUGUGCUGAUGCUCUUUCAGCUCCGGCCUGCCUCAGCCUACGGAGACUUCUUUACCUCCAUUGGUCAGAUGACUGACCUACUGUACACAGAGAAGGACCUGGUCACCUCUCUGAAGGACUACAUCCAGGCAGAGGAGAGCAAGCUGGAACAGGUGAAAAGGUGGGCGGAAAUGCUGGACUCUCUCACCACCACAGCCACGCAGGACCCAGAGGGCUUUCUGGGCCACCCUGUCAACGCCUUCAAGCUGAUGAAGAGGCUCAACACGGAGUGGGGCAACGUGGAGAGCCUGGUCCUGAAGGACACUUCAAAUGGAUUCAUCUCCAACCUGACCGUCCAGCGACAGUACUUCCCCGGGGACGAGGAUCAGAUCGGAGCAGCCAAGGCCCUGCUCAGGCUGCAGGACACCUACAAACUUGAAUCCAACACCAUCUCUGUCGGGAACCUCCCUGGUGUCCGAUACAAGAACCCCAUGACGGUGGACGACUGUUUCGAGCUGGGGAAGGUGGCGUACACGGAUGCGGAUUACUACCACACCCAGCUGUGGAUGUCUCAGGCUCUCCGGCAACUGGAGCAGGGCGAGGAGUCUUCCGUCGACAAAGUCACCAUCCUCGACUACCUCAGCUACUCCCUCUACCAGCAGGGCACAGUUCAGAAGGCCCUCGAUUACACCAAGCUGCUGCUCCAGCUCGAUCCUGAUCACCAGCGUGCCAAGGGUAACGUGCAAUACUUUGAGGUGCAGCUGGAAAAACAGAGGCAGAUUGAAGAAGGAACAAUGCAAAAGGAUGAGGCAGAAGCCAAGAAGGAUGAAAUGGACCCUGUCCCAGAGAGGAAGAAGUAUGAACAGCUUUGUCGAGGAGAAGGAGUCAAAAUGACCAACCGAAGAAGGAGCCGGCUUUUCUGCCGAUACUUUCACAACAACCACCCCUUCUUCCUGGUGGGGCCGAAGAAGCAGGAGGACGAGUGGGACCGGCCCUACAUCGUGCGUUACCACGACAUCAUUUCCCACCGUGAGAUCGAGAAGGUCAAGGAGCUGGCCAAGCCCAGGCUACGCAGGGCCACCAUCUCUAACCCCGUCACCGGUGUGCUGGAGACCGCACAUUACCGUAUCAGCAAGAGUGCCUGGCUGACAGAAUUCGAGCACCCCAUGAUCAGGACACUGAACGAGCGCAUCGAGGCCCUGACCGGCUUAGAGAUGGACACGGCAGAGGAACUGCAGGUGGCGAAUUAUGGAGUGGGGGGACAGUACGAGCCACACUUUGAUUUUGGACGGAAAGACGAGCCGGAUGCCUUUAAAGAGCUGGGCACGGGGAACAGGAUCGCCACCUGGCUCUUCUACAUGAGCGAUGUGGCAGCAGGGGGCGCCACAGUAUUCCCAGACGUGGGUGCAGUAGUGUGGCCUAAGAAGGGCACGGCUGUGUUCUGGUAUAACCUGUUCCCUAGCGGUGAAGGAGAUUACAGCACACGGCAUGCUGCCUGCCCAGUGCUGGUGGGAAACAAAUGGGUGUCCAAUAAGUGGAUCCACGAGCGAGGCCAGGAGUUCAGGAGGCCGUGCACCCUGAGGGAGGAGGACCGGUGAAGGGGGGGGUGGGCACCUACUGCCCGCUCCAUCCUCCGGCCCAAACUACACCCCACCCAGGACUCCUCAGCCCCACAGACGGCCUCUGGCCGGGAACUCUGACCCCCCUCAGUCGCCUCUCUCAUCCCCGCCUGCGUUCCCCUCCCACACCAGGAUCCGUUUUACCCUUAAGCCUGCAGUCCGCGAACGGUCUUUAUCUGCGAGAGGUCUUAAGUGUCUAUGUCGUACCUGUCCAAUGAUGCUCCCAGCCGUAACUGCUCUCAGUGCCAGAAGAAUUUGGGCUCAAAUACAGUGAUAGUGGGCAGUGAGCACACAGUCCAGUGCUCUCACACACUCCAGUUGUAAUGCCACUCAAAAACACACUGCCUCUGUCUGCCCCCUUCCCAACGUGCACUCACUCCAGUUGUGCUACAGACCUCCACCAUUCACACACUCCCAGACCUACACACACACUCCCACUGUGCGCACACACACCCGACCAUUAGCAUUAAAGUUACCGUUACCAAUACAGAUCUGCCAGCUGAGCCACCAUAGCUAAUGUGCUAAUAAGGGAUGAGGUCUCUCUGUGUAGCGCUACGACUCCCUGGUGAGGCUCUCGGGUGUGGAGAAGGUUCAGUGUGAACUUCAGAUGAGUCCCUGUGCUGAACAAGAGCUCCUCAGCAGAGCCUGCCAUUUUAUGUGCUGGAGAUGGAAAAUAUGGCUUACACCAUAUUCUACAGCUCCAAUAUAUAUUUUUAAAUUUAAGCGGUUUCUUUGUUUCUACACCAACAAAAUCUUGCCCGAACCUGCAGUAUCGCUUCAUUACAUUACAUUACAUUAUUGGCAUUUGGCAGACGCUCUUAUCCAGAGCGACGUACAACAAAGUGCAUACCCAUAACCAGGGAUAAGUUCGCUGAAAGACCCUAGAGGGAAGUACAAUUUCAACUGCUUCAGACACAAAUGGUAAAUAUUGUUCUUUUUGAUCGUCUUAUGGUUUUAGAUGACGACAUCUAAAUAAUAAUAAAUGACGUAUUUAAUAUUAGAUGACGUAUUUAAUAAUAAAGUUGUACAGAUUUGAGAUGAGACAGGGCAAUUUUGUACAUUUCUGUUAUUAUGAUAAAAUUAGUAAAAUAUAGGGAAACUUUUAAAAGGAGAGUGCACCAUGAUUUUAUGUUGGUAAAUGGGAAUAAUGUACAGGUUUUCAUUUUUGCUGAUAAACAUUUUUGCGCACCGCCAGCAGUAUGCGUUUGCUAUACCUGCUUACUCUCCUAUUUGACUGAAUUUUUAACAUUCCAUGUUGCGCCUUCUUAAAAGCCAAUUUUCCUAUUCAGUGCACGUACAGUAGGCUUGCAUUCAGUGCAGGUUUCAGUUUACUUCACACGGUGUGCUUGGGACUUGAACUAUCUUGUGGAUGUAAGACUUCAAGACAAAAAUGCCUAAACCAAAAACAGGUGAAAUUUGACUUAUUUUUUAUUUCUGAGUCAUAGUCUCUUGAAAGCAGGCUGUUGUCUCUGCAGUGAAGCGAAUGUUUGCUGAUGUCCAUAUUGGCUGGUAUGGUACGAGGGCGUGACUCUCUUUUCUGCUUAUCUUCUUGUUAAAGUGGAUGACCUGGGAAGGGUACAUGCAAAAGCAAAAGGGUCCCCAUGCUGCUUCUGCCCGCUGCAGCUCAUCUCCGCUGCUCCGACCACCCCCGAACGCUUUUAGGGUUUCUCUCUGCGUGAUCCGUGCUAUUUAUGUCCCCUGGGAACCAGUUCGUUUGUGCUGUAAAAUGUGUUUGGAUGAUGAUGCACAGGUGUGAAAUUAUUUUUUGUGACAAAUAAAUGUUGUAUUAUUGAUAAAAAAA